AUGCCCGACUCAAAGAACGAAGUCAACUCACCCUCACCCCCCCUUCCAUUCGAGCUAUGGGGCUGCAUCGCAUUCUACUUGUCCAAUGCCGAUAUCAAGACUUUACGCCUGACAUGUACUCUAUUCAACAACGCAGUCCCUCUACGCCUUGACCGUGUUUUUCUAUCCGCAAACCCACUUAAUAUAGAGGUCUUUCGCAAUAUUGCAUCCCACGAGAAGCUCCGCCAUUCAGUGACUGAGGUUAUAUGGGAUGAGACACGCUUACCACGGGGUCCAAAACGAUUGGAACAAACUGACGACGGCCACGAAUUACUCUCGGACGAAGAUGAGCCCAAUAACACCAGAGAGUGGGCUGAACGUUACUACGGCUACUUCAAAGAGAAAAUGAUGGAGCGACAUGAAUCUGAUAAAGAGAGCGCGUGUCCCAAAUGGUUCAAAGAUGCCUGUGAAGGAAACCUUUGCGUUAUAACGAGCCGUAAAGGAGCCGACAAAGAAAGGCCCGAGCAUACUGUGUACAGAGAGCAGAUCCUCGCUCAGCCUCCGCUGGUGCAGUGCUGGCAACAUUAUCAGCAUUUGCUGCGUCAGCAAAAAGAGGUUCUUGCCGGUGAUAGCGAUUAUGAAGCAUUCUUAUUUGGCGUGAAACAGUUCCCUGCUCUGAAAAGAGUCACCAUCACACCUGCGGCCCACGGUUACCUCUUCUCUCCGCUUUAUCCGACCCCAAUGAUCCGAGCCUUCCCGAAAGGGUUUAAUUACCCUAUUCCGUAUGGUUGGCUGUACCGUGAUAAAAACAAUACACCUGCUACUGCGUACGCAUGGAACCAUUACCCUGAACUCAGAGCACGGUACCGGGGCUUCAGCACUGUAAUGCGAGUACUCGCCAAUGAACCAAAUUCUGUUUCUGAGCUCGUGAUGACGUCCAGCUACCUACCCACGGGAAUUAACUGCAGAAUGUUCGACGAGCCCUGCGAAGAGUAUGAUCAAUUUGUCAAGGUGCUGAAGAACCCGGGGUUUCGUCGUCUUGAUAUCUCACUCCUCGUUGGCGGAGAACUGGAGUCAGACCUUGAAGCAUGCUGGCGAUCUUUGCAGAAUGGUCGUCUACGCCAUGCACUAAGUGGCGCAACAGAAAUUGAGGAAUUCAGGCUGCAUACAACAUAUGAUGUAAAUAUUCAUGAGUUUGGAGAAUACCCAAUGAUAUCUUUGAAUGAUAUCGUCCCUGUUGAAAAAUGGUCGAAUCUGCGCCACUUUGAACUCUCCGGCUUUGUUAUCUCAGAGAAUGAUUGCAUUUCCUUUCUCCCCACCCUGCCCAAAUCCAUUCGCUCUAUUGAGCUUACUAUGCUGGAAUUCUAUGAAGUUGGGGACUGGUAUAGAAUGCUCAAAAUGAUCCGCCGAAUGGUAUUCGACAGUACGCCGUGGCGAGACUUGAAUCCAACCUCCAGACCCACGAUUACGAUCGGGGUGUCAGAUGGGCUUGAAAAAUGUCCCCCCCAAUUAUGGAAGAGUUAUAUGGGUUGA